AUGAAAUCUGAACGUACUACAGGCAAGACAGAGAGUGAACCGGACGCGUCCAUUUUCCCCGAUGGUCAAGCUAUUCUCGAUAUUCUCGAACGAACCAAACGGGCAGCUUCUCGUCACCCGAAUCAACCUGAGAAUAUCGAAGAGAAACAAAAUCCAGUAGUCCCCACUCCUCAACUUGAAGACGACGAAGGGUACAUCUUGACCGCGUUCGGCGACAUAUCGCUUUCGAACAUCGACUUCGUUCCUGGUCCCAACGGUGUCCUUUCUCCUACGCCCGAUUCCAAGCGGAAGAAAGCGAAACAUCAGUCUCCGUCGAAGUACCCUGUCCCACACGUCAUAAGGCGAGUGUUGCCACCGUCACCGUCAAAGGCGAGCAUUGCGAGGCCGGAGCUGUCCUUCGAGGAUAUGGUAAUGGACUUGAAGUCAAGGCGAUUCCGAGCGAUCCAGAACUCAAGUCCAACUGCGACUGAAACGUCAUCUUCGAAAUUGGCGCCAGGGCCCGAGGUCGUUUGCCCACAACCGAGGCGACUUAUCGACAUGAAGAACCUCGGACGAGAGGCAGUGUUAUCCGCCCUCGGCUCGGACGGUGCCGAUAUUGAGAAUGGCAGCCGACCCAAGAAAGCAGAGGCGUCAGAAACUGCAGUUGAAAAAGACGAAAACGCGGCGUCAGGACCCAUUCCCAUUCCAAAGCACAAACAAGCUCCUUUGCGUGGUAGUGCCAAGCUUCCGCGACGACCUCCUAUACCACGAUGGGAUGUUGAUAAUAGCGCUCAGGGAAAGAUCAACAAAUCGCUUGUCUUCGUCCACGUCGUACUCGCAUUGUCCUCUGUGAAGGCGUUGGCGCUCACGGAAGUGUUUCUCAAGAUACGACUGGAAGCAAGCAGCAGCGAGUUCAUGAAUCUAUCGUCCCAGAGUCUUGCCGUAGAGGAGGAGGAUGAUUGGGAGAUCGUUACGGCAGACUGGUGGCACACCUCAUACAGCGCCGUUCCCUGGUCCUACAACGUCCAGCAAGAUCCGGGUGACAAGAAGCGGACGUUCCGCGGUUCUGUAUUCUACGGCAAAACCGGUGGAACUUCGUCGUCUUUGCCGAAGAGCAGGGGAGGCAGGAGAGGGGAUGCGGAUACAGUGCUCAAUCCAGACCUGGUGGGAGUCAAAGCAGCGAUGGACGCAGUGACGGCGUACGAGUGCGCCGUCGGGUUCGACUAUCUGGCAUCCCCAACGAUUGAGCCGCAUGAAUUAGACCCAUCCGCCCUGGGAAGUCUUUUGUCGCGAGAAGAAGGCUCGAAGGUGUGGAAGGAGAGAUGGGAUGAGCAGCUCGAGGGUCUGAUGCAUGGACAUUUAUCCGGGAGCAUGAACGACAGCGACGAGUCCCUCUCGAGUUCUUUGAUGGACUCUAGGUCGUCGCUCGAGGAUUUUCUGCGCUGCCCUUCGACUCUUUCAAGCAUCGACUUCACGUCUUCUGAGGGUUCCAUUGAUUCCAUCGGCAUGCCUUCCACACCCAAGGCGAAAUCCUCUUUCAACGACAUCGAGAUCAAAGACCUCUCGCCCAGUGCCAGUCUCAGCGGCAGUGGAAUUUUCAACCCCAUUUCCCCGGGUAGAUCUCUCAACGCAUCCGCCACAUCAUUCGUCCCCAAUUUCUGCCCUCAACUCAACGAGGAACCCUCGAGCUUUGCAUCUCUGCGAGAUGUGCCCCCUCCAUCCUUCUCCGAUUUCACAUUCCCAACGUUGAACGUUCCCUCGGUCAAGAUACAGAAAGAUGAUCAAGGCUUUUUUACUGAAGUUCAGAUCGAGAAGGCGGGUAAUUUAUUGCCUGCUUUCCUGCAGGAGCCUUCUCAACGUACUCGCACACGCAAAUCACGUACUCGGCAAAUAGUCGACCGCUUGCGAGCCGAAGCAGACGAGCAGGACACGAAGCUGUACGUCAACGGUGUUUCGCCCAAGUAUGCCAGCCACAGCCCGAGCCCGAUGCUAGAGGACGCGCCCGCCAUGCCGCCCCGCCGAAGUGUAUCCGAAGACGGAGGUGAACGGCCCUCUGGGUUAUCAACUCCCGAGGACGACGACGGCUGGAUUGACAUUGCGAAUACGACCUCGUCACCGAGUCAGAAGGCGAAGAGGACUCGCGAGCUGUUCCGAGCGUUGACACGGAGAAGGACGGACUCGUUGACUGACGAGAACCUCAAAGAGUUGAUGAACGCAGUGGGCAACGACGGCAGGCGACCAUCUCUGACGGUAUCAAGCUCACCUUCACCUUCAUCUCGUACGCCACCUCCUGGACCGGCAGUGUCAACUGAUGGUUGGAUCGAAACCAACACUGACCACCCAAAGUCUCAGCCUCACGCCCACGGCAAGAAGGCCAAGGGGCAGACGAACAGCAAGGAAGGACACCAUCGCAAGAAGUCCAGCACUCACAACAACCACGGUCACAACCACACCCACUCCUCUCGAACAUCGGUGUCGUCUGCAUCAGCGUCCGUACCACACCACCCUCCAAACCAUCUACCAGCAUCAGCGACACCCUUUACUUCUCACCAGUAUCACCACUCACACGGCUCUCCAGUUAAGCUCGCGGUGGGCAGCCAAGCUGCUGGGCCAGGGAUGCCGUACUUCUUCUCUCCUUACCCACCUGCGGUGACGAUGCCUAUGCCGUACCCGGCGACGUUCAUGCAAAUUCCAGCCAACUACCCGCUCGGCAUGGCACCUGUCAGCGUGGCCAAUGCUGUGCAGUACAUGCCCACACCGGUACCGACGUCGUUCGUUCCUAUAAACGUCGUACCGAGCAGGCCGGGUACGAAGCCUCACGCAACGGUGAAUGGCAUGUUGCUACCCGCUGCCCCAGGGUAUCACAGCGGCCGAACGACCACUAAGCACCAGCACCAUCAUCACCAAACUUCCUCCUCUUCCGCGGUGGCACCACCACUGUGGUAG